CUAUGACACUACCAGUCAAGACGUCAAGUGAACAAGAGCCAUAACAUAAAGAGUUGUUUUGUUAUCCAUUUUCAUUUUAUCAUGACUAGUAUAGCGUCAAAAAACUUUACAAAAUUAGUUUUUGCAAUAAUUGUGCAUGUCCUGUUCCUUUUGUCCAUAUUUCACAUAUAUUUUCAAUCCCCUGUAUUGCAAAAUCUGCCGGAACCGGGACUCGAUGCAGAGGAUGAAGUUGCUGUAGCAGAUCGUGUUGUGGUAUUUGUUGCUGACGGGCUACGAGCGGAGUCGUUCCUUAAACAUGGUGCUAAUAGAUCCCUGUUUUUACAAGACAUCAUUUUGUCAAAAGGUAUUUUUGGUAUAUCACACACACGAGUUCCCACAGAAUCUCGGCCUGGUCAUGUUGCACUAUUUGCUGGAAUUUAUGAGGAUCCGAGCGCUGUGUUCAAGGGGUGGAAGAAAAAUCCUGUAAAUUUUGAUACCGUUUUUAACCGUAGCUACAUGUCGUUUGCCUGGGGAAGCCCGGACAUACUCUCAAUAUUCUCAAAUGAAGAAAAAGAACACAACAUUCAUGCUCAUCACUACACAGAUGACAUUGUUUCUUUUUCUGGUAAUUCAAAUACUAGUGCACUGGACACGUGGGUGUUUGAUAGAGUUAAAGAAUAUUAUUUACUACCGGAAAAUCAAAUCACGCUUAUCAACAAAAACAAGAUCAUUGUAUUCUUACAUUUGCUAGGGUUAGACACUGCCGGCCAUGUUCACAAACCAUAUUCUAGUCUUUUUUCAGAGAAUCUUGUGAUAGUAGACAAAGGAAUACAGCAAACAGUUAAUUUAAUCGAAAAAAUAACAAAAAACGAUCAGAAAACCGCUUACAUUUUUACAUCUGAUCAUGGAAUGACUGACAAGGGGUCUCAUGGCUCGGGACAUCCUAGUGAAACUGAAACUCCCUUCGUUGCUUGGGGAGCUGGUAUUAAAUACUGGAAGAAUAUCGGCAAGAAACAACAUCACAAUAAAACAGUGAUGAUAAGUCAAACAUCGGUUCCUAGAUUUGAUAUGAAUCAAGCAGACGUGACUCCGUUGAUCUCAGCUCUUCUAAGUUUGGCUGUCCCUAAAAACAAUUGUGGAAUUUUGCCUCGCCAAUAUCUGAAUGCAUCGAUGAACUACAUUACAAGACAAGCCUGGAAAAAUGCCGAGCAGUUGUAUCAGCAGUAUUAUUUUUGGAAACAAAAAUUCAGCAAAAAACAGUUCCAGUGGUCGUUUACAAAUACAGAAAAAAAAUUUGAAUCAAUCAUUGAAAAUCUCAGGCAAGAGACUUUAGCUGCCGCUGAUUUUCACAGUAAUGAAAUGGAAACAAAACUGGAUUCUUAUAUUCAAACAACUCUUGAAGCCAUUGAGUACUACCAAACAUACUUUAAGUAUGAACUAUUUACUGCGUUUUCGCUAUCUAUGCUCGGAUGGAUUCUAAUAGUUAUAGGUCACGUUAUGGAUAUUCAAAGCAUGUACAAAGAAAUAACUAGAGCAUUUAAAUUUAAAACAUUGUUGAUCCUGUGCGCCAUAUACGGAUACAAUUUUCUGCAAAACAAUCCACUACAUGUAACUGUUUUCUUUAUGUUGCCCGUACUAUUGUGGACGCCAGUUUUUGCUAACUUUAAAAAGUAUUCAAUUGUAAUAAACAGGAAAACUGUUGUUCAAACAGUAUUAUUCGUUGGAUGUAUUGAGCUUUGCGUAGGUUUAGUUGGUCUCUUGUCUUCAAUAAUUCCUGCAUCAAUUAUUUGUUUUACAGAUGUCCUGUGAAAGGAGGCCGUUCUAUUGCCUUAGCGACGUUUUGCAGCAAUUCAGUACUAGCUAUUUUUCCAUUGUUCCAUGUGGUAGAAAAAGAUUCGAACAACCCCAUCCUACU